AAGUCGAGGCGGGGUUAAAGUUCAGCUCAUGGAGCGGCUCCGCGCUGGCUGCAGUUUGGCAGAGUUGGAAAUGUGAAAGCAAGAAGCAGGCUCGGGGCUCCCCCUCCUCUCCUCUCUCUCUCUCUUUUUUCCCCUCCUCUCUCUCCCUCUCCCUCUGUCUCUCUCCCCCUCUCUCUCUCCCUCUCUCCCCGCACACGCACACCUCCAAACCGCAGCCCCCCGCAGCAGUCAUGUAUUCUCCGCUCUGUCUCACCCAGGAUGAAUUUCAUCCCUUCAUCGAAGCACUUCUGCCUCACGUCCGAGCGUUUGCAUACACGUGGUUCAACCUGCAAGCCCGAAAAAGAAAAUACUUCAAAAAACAUGAAAAACGCAUGUCAAAAGAGGAAGAGAGAGCCGUGAAGGACGAACUGCUAAGUGAAAAACCCGAGGUAAAGCAAAAAUGGGCAUCCAGACUUCUGGCAAAGCUCCGGAAAGAUAUCAGGCCUGAAUUUCGGGAGGAUUUUGUUCUCACAGUCACAGGAAAAAAGCCUCCGUGUUGCGUUCUUUCCAAUCCAGACCAGAAGGGCAAGAUGAGAAGAAUUGACUGCCUUCGCCAGGCAGAUAAGGUCUGGAGGUUGGACCUUGUUAUGGUGAUUUUAUUUAAAGGUAUUCCGCUCGAAAGUACUGAUGGCGAGCGCCUUGUAAAGUCCCCACAGUGCUCUAACCCCGGGCUGUGCGUACAGCCCCACCAUAUAGGAGUUUCUGUUAAGGAACUCGAUUUAUAUUUGGCAUACUUUGUGCACGCAGCAGAUUCAAGUCAAUCUGAAAGUCCCAGCCAGCCAAGUGAAGCUGAUAUUAAGGACCAGCCAGAAAAUGGACAUUUGGGCUUCCAGGACAGUUUUGUCACAUCAGGUGUUUUCAGUGUGACUGAGCUAGUAAGAGUCUCACAAACACCGAUAGCUGCAGGAACAGGCCCUAAUUUCUCCCUCUCAGAUUUGGAAAGUUCUUCGUACUACAGCAUGAGCCCAGGAGCAAUGAGGAGGUCUUUACCUAGCACAUCCUCUACCAGCUCCACAAAACGUCUCAAGUCUGUGGAGGAUGAGAUGGACAGCCCUGGUGAGGAGCCGUUCUACACAAGCCAAGGGCGCUCUCCAGGCAGUGGCAGCCAGUCCAGCGGAUGGCAUGAAGUGGAGCCAGGAAGAGGAAACUCACUGGUCAAACCCUUGGACACCAGAAUAGUUGCAUGCAGUUUCCCAGGGAGCCAGAUAGCUCUAAAGCUUCCCAGAUAUCUAAGAAACCCCGAACACCGCGGAGCACUUCAUGGAAUGCCAUCGCCAACUACAUUAAAGAAGUCAGAGAAGUCUGGUUUCAGCAGUCCCUCGCCUUCGCAGACCUCCUCCCUUGGAACGGCUUUCACACAGCACCAUCGACCUGUCAUUACAGGACCCAGAGCAAGUCCACAUGCAACACCAUCGACUCUUCAUUUUCCAACAUCACCCAUUAUUCAACAGCCUGGGCCAUACUUCUCACACCCAGCAAUCCGCUAUCAUCCUCAGGAGACUCUGAAAGAGUUUGUCCAACUUGUCUGCCCCGACGCUGGUCAGCAGGCUGGACAGGUGGGGUUCCUAAAUCCCAAUGGUAGCAGCCAAGGCAAGGUGCACAAUCCAUUCCUUCCUACCCCAAUGUUGCCACCACCACCUCCGCCACCAAUGGCUAGGCCUGUGCCUCUGCCAGUGCCAGACACAAAACCUCCAACCACAUCAACAGAAGGAGGGGCCACCUCUCCCACUUCUCCAACCUACUCGACACCCAGCACCUCCCCCGCAAACCGAUUCGUCAGUGUUGGACCACGGGAUCCAAGCUUUGUAAAUAUCCCUCAACAGACUCAGGUGGGCCGCUUUCGACUUCUCUGUUUGCCUGCAGCCUCUUCUCCUCCUCCUCCAGUGUCCUCUAACGUGUCCCCGCGGAGCAGCUGCCCUGCUGUCACUUCACCCACAUGGUCUCAGUAACUACACUGAAAUGUCACUUGCAGUUUGUUUGUCUGUUGUGG